GUACUCAUUCCCCACGCUCGCCUUCCUUCCUCUCGCGUGUGCGCCGUGUUCCCCUCCUUACCCCAGACCCCAGCAGCGGGCCGCGGCACUGCCCGCCACCACAGCGCCAUGGCCGCCUCCCACCGCCUAAUCCUGCUAGUCCUCUGCCUCACCGCCACCGCGGCGUCCGCCCACAACAUCACGGCCAUCCUGGACGGGCGCUCCGAGUACACGCUGUACAACAGCUACCUCUCGGAGACCAAGGUGUGCGACGAGAUCAAUAGCCGGAGCUCGGUCACCGUCCUCGUCCUCACCAACGGCGCCAUGUCCUCCCUCGUCGCCAACCUCUCCCUCGCCGACAUCAAGAACGCACUCCGCCUCCUCACCCUCCUCGACUACUUCGACGAGAAGAAGCUGCACUCCAUCGGCUCCAGCUCUCAGCUCACCACCUCGCUCUACCAGACCACCGGCCAGGCCGCGGGCGACAUGGGCCACGUCAACAUCACCGACCUACGCGGAGGCAAGGUCGCCUUCGCGUCCGCCGCGCCCGGCGCCAAGUUCCAGUCCACCUACACCAAGCGCGUCGCCGACUUCCCGUCCAACCUCUCCGUCCUCGAGGUAUCCGACCCCAUCACCUUCCCCGGCCUCUUCGGCGCCCCGUCGGCGUCGUCCGCCAACAUCACGGACCUCCUCGAGAAGGCCGGGUGCAAGCAGUUCGCGCGCCUCAUCGUGUCGUCCGGGGUGGUCAAGACGUACCAGGCCGCCAUGGACAAGGCGCUCACCCUGUUCGCGCCCAACGACGACGCGUUCAAGGCCAAGGACCUGCCCGAUCUGAGCAAGCUCACCAGCGCCGACCUCGUCGCGCUGUUGCAGUACCACGCGCUGCCGCAGUACGCGCCCAAGGCGUCGCUCAAGGUCGCCAGCGGCCGCAUCCCGACCCUCGCCUCCACCGCCGCGGGGAAGUACGACCUCGCCGUCGCCUCCAGCGGCGACGAAGUGACGCUGGACACCGGCGUGGACAAGUCCCGCAUCGCGUCCACCGUGCUCGACGACCCCCCCACGGUCAUCCUCACGGUCGACAGCGUGCUGCUCCCGCACGUGCUCUUUGGCGGCGCGCCGUCCCCGGCGCCGGCGCCCGGACCGGCCGCCGACGUGCCCGCGUCGGCCCCGGCUCCCGAAGGCUCCGCACCGGCGCCCGCCCCCAAGGCCGCCGGCAAGAGGAAGAAGAAGAAGGCCAGGUCCCCUUCGCACUCCCCGCCCGCGCCCCCGGCGGACUCGCCCGACAUGGCCCCCGCCGACGCGCCAACGGAGGACGCCGCGGACAAGGUCGAAUCUAAAAAGAACGGCGGCGCCGCAGCGGCCGUGAGCUUCGCGGCCUCGGUGGCCUCUGUCGCCCUUGCCGUCGCGUACCUUUUGUGAGCGAGAGCGGCAGGCGGUCGACGCCGAGCCCCCGUAGCUCUCUCCUAGACUCUGCGCGUGCGGCGUGCAUGUCGUGACGCGAUGAAAUCUGUUGUUGUUACUCGUAAGUUCUCGUGGGCUCCGUUGAUGAUUUGAUUAUGGUCA